GACUGGUUUCUCGGGGCUGCGGCCUUUCCCUGCGCUUGCCGAUGGAGGUGCAAGUGUGCUUGGCGAGUGGCAGCUCGUGCUCGGUGCAGCUUUCCCCGGAGAGCAAGGUCGGUGAGCUGAAGGCGGCGGCCCAGCGGCGCUUCGGCCAGCGCUUUCUGCAGCUCGUCUUCCGCGCGCGGCGCCUGGAGCUCGAGAAGUCCCUGAGCCAGGCGGGCAUAACAGCUGGCGCCACCGUGGACGCCAUCGCUCAGCAGGCUGCUGUGGCGAAGACCGAGUCGGAGUUCGCCCUGUACGUCCCGGGCGGCGCCGCGGUGUCCUGGGGCGAGGCCGGGCCCUUGGCGCCGCUCCCCGCGGGCGUCCGCGAGAUCCGCGGCUCCGGCUUCGCCUUUGCCGCCCUCCGGGACGACGGCUCCGUGGUUACUUGGGGCAGUGCGGAGCAUGGGGGCGACAGCAGUGCAGUGCAGUCUCAGCUGACGAACAUCCGACAGAUCCAAUCUACCGCCGGGGCCUUCGCGGCCAUGCGCGAGGAUGGCUCUGUGGUUACCUGGGGCAGUCCAGACUAUGGCGCAAACAGCACGCAGGUGCAAGAUCAGCUGACUUCCGUCCGACAGAUUCAAGCCACGAAUGGCGCUUUUGCCGCCAUUCGCGAAGAUGGCACAGUGAUCACCUGGGGAAGCCUUGGAGAUGGCGGUGACAGCAGCCAGGUGCGAGAGCAGCUGAUUGAUGUCCGAGAGGUUCAAGCUACCAGGGGUAUAUUCGGUGCGUUUGCUGCUAUCCGGCAGGAUGGCUCUGUAGUGACUUGGGGUUAUGAGUCAGCCAGCAACAGCAGCAAGGUGCGGGAUCAGCUGACCAACGUCCGGCAGAUCCAAGCAACUGAUAGCGCUUUUGCUGCCAUCCGUGAAGACGGGUCGGUGGUCACUUGGGGCAAGCCCGAAAAAGGCGGUUGCAGCGUCUUCGUACAAGAACAGCUGACUUCAGUCCGGCAGAUACAAGCCACGAACGGUGCUUUUGCCGCCAUCCGUUCUGAUGCCACGGUGAUCGCUUGGGGACAUCCAGCAGAUGGCGGGGACAGCAGGUUUGUCCAAGAGGAACUUGUCGGUGUGCAACAGAUUCAAGCAGCCACAGGUGUUUUUGGCAGUGCCUUUGCUGCAAUUCGCGAAGAUGGCAGAGUGAUCACUUGGGGCAGUUCACGCGAUGGCGGCGACAGCCGGAAGGUGCGCGAGCAACUGACUGGAGUUCGACACGUCCAAGCCGCCGCCGGCGCCUUUGCUGCCUUCGCGGCGAUCCGCGAGGAUGGCUCUGUAGUGACAUGGGGCGACCAAGAAUCUGGCGGCGACAGCAGCCACGUGCAGGAUCAGCUGAAGUCCAAUGGUCACUGUUCCUUCCGGAGCGUCCAGCAGAUUCAAGCCAACCUCGGCGCUUUCGCUGCAAUCUGUCAAGAUGGCACCCUUGUCACCUGGGGCCAAUCGACACGGGGCAGUGACAGCACUCCGAUACAAGAGAAGCUAGAUAGGAUCUGACGCGUCUCAGCGG